ACUUCUUUCUUGGAUGAUAUGGGGGAUCAUUCAAAAAGUAAGACAGCUAUUCUUCUCUUUCUAAUCACUAUCCUUGAGAUUUAUCAUCUUAAUAUUUUUACUUUUAUGCUUAUUACUGAUGUUCGGUCUGCUAAAUUUUAUAUUUUCUCAACGGAUGUGGAUGUUUGCAGGAAAAUGCCGCAAACUACGAGCUUUUAAAACCAGAUCAUCACUAACGAAAAACUACGAAACUACUACGAAUUUUUUUAAGAAUAUAUCGACUCAACUGGUGAACCAUUUUGCCUUUAAACUAAUUUAUGGAGUCGGUGAUAUUUUUUGUUCCUAUUAUUACUAUAAUUUUCUAAUAUUCAUGGAAACACAUGUGCUUUGCACAUCUCUCCACAAGGUGAAAGUGGGUUUAACAGGGAUGCCGUGUGGAUUAAAGACGCACAUAUUCGACGUAACAUUCACACAUUUCUUCCUCACAGAGAAGUCGGGAAUUGCAAUGUGUGUGGGCUGUGGAAGUCAGAUACACGACCAGUACAUCCUGAGAGUUUCCCCGAACCUGGAGUGGCAUGCAGCCUGCCUCAAGUGUGCAGAGUGCAACCAGUAUCUGGACGAGACCUGCACUUGCUUCGUGCGAGACGGAAAGACUUACUGUAAAAGAGAUUAUGCGAGGUUAUUUGGCAUCAAAUGUGCAAAGUGUAACAUGGGCUUCUGCAGCAGCGACCUGGUGAUGAGAGCCCGGGACAGUGUGUAUCACAUGGAGUGUUUUCGGUGCUCGGUCUGCAGUCGACACCUCCUGCCGGGGGACGAAUUCUCCCUGCGGGACGAUGAACUGCUGUGUCGGGCUGAUCACGGCUUGCUGGUGGAACGGGCCUCUUCAGGGAGCCCACUCAGCCCGGGGAACAUCCACACCAGACCGCUGCACAUCUCAGACCCGAUUUCGGUCCGACACCCUCCUCAUCACCGGAACCACGUUCACAAGCAGUCUGAGAAGACCACCCGAGUCCGGACGGUGCUGAACGAGAAGCAGCUUCACACCCUGCGGACCUGCUACAACGCCAACCCGAGACCGGACGCUCUGAUGAAGGAGCAGCUGGUGGAGAUGACCGGGCUCAGUCCCAGGGUGAUCCGCGUCUGGUUCCAGAACAAGCGCUGCAAAGACAAGAAGAAGUCCAUACUGAUGAAGCAACUUCAGCAGCAGCAACACUGCGACAAAACCAAUCUGCAGGGCCUGACAGGCACACCCCUGGUGGCAGGGAGUCCCAUCCGACACGACAACACCGUGCAGGGGAAUCCUGUGGAGGUGCAAACCUACCAACCUCCGUGGAAAACUCUCAGCGACUUUGCCCUACAGACCGAUCUGGACCAGCCUGCCUUCCAACAGCUGGUGUCCUUCUCUGAGUCUGGCUCUAUGGGGAACUCAUCGGGCAGCGACGUUACCUCCUUGUCGUCGCAGUUGCCGGACACUCCGAACAGUAUGGUGCCGAGUCCCGUCGACACGUGAGGACAGCGGAGUCAGCUGGAGGCCCCGAGCUCUCGCUCGCAUCAUCUACAGGGCUGCGCAAAGACCCCGCUGACAUUCAGUCGAAACAAAAUAAUAAGCGACCUUGAUGGAUUUUACUGCUGGAUACAUUCGGGUCCCGCAUGGAGGACGAGGGGUCUGACUGCUCCCUGCACAUCUAAGGCAUUGUAUCUCGCUGCGAUGGAUACACAGCUGCAGAUGGACACAACGGGCCUCUAGCUGUAGAGGACACUUUGCCAAUACCUGAUCUGGACAUCAUGGGAAUGCGUGAUGAGACUGAAACACGUGAGCCUGUGCUGGAACUCUGAACGUCAAUGGUUGCAGUAUGUUUGUCAGGAAAAUACAACCUGUGUAGAUGUGCAUGACCUGUAAGUCUCAUUAUCGACUCUUGUAAAUUAUUGGAACACAUGAGAGAUGCGCAAUGGUCGCGUAUUCUCCCAAAAAAAUAAGUUAUUAUUAUUAUUUAUUACGAAGACAGACAUAGCUGAUCCAA